AUGAAUGAAGAAAGCAGUAAUGGCUCAAGUAAUUCAAUAUGUACAACAUCAUCAUCUUUGGCCACCACCAUUACCACCAAGCUCAGUAAACAGAACCCAAUUCAACAAAAAUCAAGAAAGGCAAGAGACUGCAGCAAACACCCAGUUUACAGGGGUGUUAGAAGGCGAGCCUGGGGUAAAUGGGUGUCCGAAAUCCGCCAACCUCGUAAGAAAUCACGUAUUUGGCUCGGAACAUUCUCUACGGCAGAAAUGGCAGCGCGUGCUCACGACGUGGCAGCGCUGAGUAUUAAAGGUGACUCUGCCAUUUUGAAUUUUCCAGAGCUUGCUGACUCGUUACCUCGCCCAGUGUCAUUAAUGCCACGUGACAUUCAGACAGCCGCCACGAAAGCUGCUGCUAUGGUCGAGUUUAAUCCAUCAUCACCAUCCUCAUCAUUGUCGUCGUCAUUGGUAUCGGUGUCUGUAGAUGUGGCAGAAUCCGAGGAAGAAUACUUAAGUGAAAUCGUGGAGUUACCGAAUAUAGAAGGGAGCUUUGACUCCCCUGAUCAGUCACAGACUGAGUUCAUGCUGUUUGACUCGGUUGAUGGGUGGGUUUAUCCCCCAUUAGACUUGUGUGGAGAAUUUUCUGAUCAGUUACUUGGCCUGGAGAGCUUGAUUUCGAACAACUUUGGAGGGUCUGUGUUGAAUUAA